GUGAAAACAAAAUGGCGACCCGGACAGGUGAGCGGGAAAAAAGAGCUGGUGUUGUUUACUUGGAAACGGACGGAUAUUAGCUGCAAAAAGUGAAUUUCUCUUAAUUAAUGACUACUACUUUGCUUUAAUCUGUGAGACCACAGCUAAAAACUCCCAUGGAGGUGCGGUUGGUGCGAAAUACCGAACAGACAGAAGGGUACAUUAUAAUUAGACUUUUUCAGCUCGGGCCGUAGCGUCCCAGACAUCGUGAUGAGUAAGCUAAAUUUGACUUUAUACGAGUGUCUUCAGCAAGUUUCAUUAGAAAAGUACCAUGGCAAGUUUACUGAACGUGGAAUUUUGGACGUUGGUGGUUUGCUGUCGCUUACAAUGCAAGAUUAUCCUGCCUUGGGUAUUUCCUCAAUGGCGGACCGACAGAAUCUUUUCUACUUGAUUCAGACUAUAAAGACAAUGCAGGUGUCCUCUUCCCAGAGAGGGCUGUUACAUAAUGGAACGGAUAAUGAACGUUUGGUGCCGAUGGAGGGGCCAGCGGUAGAGAAUAAGAAAGGUAUAAUAUUAAUAUUGAAACAAACAAAGUGCAUGAGGAAAUUAGCAGAGGGUAAUUCCAUUCCAUUCCAUUCCCCACUCUCCGUUUAGCGUCACCCGACCGACCCAAAAUUUUGCAUUUCCAAUUAACAAAAAAGUAACGACGUAGCCACCAUUUUUCACUUGAAAUAAUUCUUUUAAUCUUAAAAAUGAGCAUAGUAGAGGCCCUGCCGAGGUAAAUUCCGACAAGCGACAAGGCCCAAAAAGUGGUGACAGUGCGUAAAAUGAAAUCGAGACAGGAGACAACCUCCCUCGGCCUAAUUGCGACAGUGACAGCAAAGCCGACAAUAAGCAACAAGCACUUAUAAACACCGAUACGGGACAUUUUAAAAUUCAGACAUGCGACAUGGGACCCCCCCUCCCCCGGCAUGGCCUCAUAGUAACAGCAUAGAGAAAAACUGGAACAACAACAGGAACAUUUUUUACAGUAUAUUGUGCAUUUUGUUAAUCCAAAUAUGUAAAUGUUAACUUUAAAUGUCAUCCUGGGGUACCAGGGCCUCCUAUUCUGAGACUUCUGGUGAUUUUUUUUAGGUUUUUUUUUUUACAAAAUCCGACUGACCGACCCAAUAUCAGGAAACGCAUUCAACACUAAACGAAUAAAAAAAGGGGAUGCCCUAAGAGAUAUGAUGUUCACCCUCUUACUGAAAGAAAUAAAAGUUAAAGUAAAGGCCAGGGCUGUCCGUAAGAUUUUAAGUUGCCAGGUACAUGCAAUAAAUUAGUCGCUAGGAAAUUGAACAGGUAGGAAAUUCUUUUGGCUCUUUUUUCCUUUCUUUCCUUUGGAAGUAGUUGGGGGUCUUGCACAUAGCAGCUGGGGGAAAUCCCCUGACCCCGCUUUAGUGACAACCCUGGCAGACACCCCCUUCAGACAAAAGGAGUUGUUCUCAAGAAAUUGAAAGUCCCAACAUACCCAGCUACCUAUUUCUUCCUUUAUGGCAGUGAAGGAGGUUGGGGGGUGGGGGUAUUAAAUGGGAUGUCUUAUCGGGGAGGGAUAGCUGAAACUGAUUAAAAUAAUAUUGAAUCGAAAAGUUGCAAUGCUACAAGAUUUCCUUAAGGUAAUUCCCUUGUUUUGCAUUACGCAUCACCAACUACACAUAAUAUUGCAACUUCAAAGGUGGUGGUAAUUUUCACUGGUUGUCUUCCGCUCGAUUUCACCAUCUCCCGGGUCCAGUCUUUGAUCAAAAAGAGGAAACAAAGGCUCCUUUUGUAGUCCAAAUGCUUUUAAUAGCGAUUUUGAUAACUAUACCCGGCUAAAAUGGUGUUAUUCUCCUCAAUCCCUUCAGGCAAAAUUAUCAUGUGAAGCCAAAAUUGCCCCUUUGUUGUCUUUUUGCAAUGAAACAAGAUUGGUGACUCCCCUUUUUUGUUUGUGUUUUCCACUCAUUAUUGCUACACAAAAAAUAAAUCUUAACCCAUUCGCUCCUGGAGAUUUUGCCGAAAAAUGCGUUUUGAAGCUAGUCGAGUGGUUUUCUGGUCACUGUCGUGCUAUAAAGGGCUAAAACUUACCACAAACCGGUUUACAGGUCGUACACUUUGCGGCCUUCUGAUCCAGAUGCAAAAUAUUAGCUUGCGAAGUUCGGGCAUGUGCAGAAAGCAAAAUUUUGACAUAGUUUUUGGGUUUAAAAGUGACACAGCAGUCUUGACUUUUACUUUUCGCUUUCUCUCCUCCCUUCUUUUUUUCACUUUUCUUGCCUCAUUUUUUUUUCUCUUGCUGGGCAUUUAGUAGGCUUCAAUUUAGUGGGAAGAGUUUUUAGGAAAGCUUUUAGGAUCUAAGGAUUAGGUGAAAGGAAAGGUAGGUGGGUAAUGGAACAAGAUUUUCAUGGAGAUUUUCAGGUCAAUGUCUCAUGGUUUUUUGCUUCUUUCUCCGGUGUCCUUGAUUGAAUUGUGCUCAUUCUGGUAUGGUUUGAAAGAUCUCUUCACUCUACACAAGUUAGCGAAGAAAGUUGUCCUUGACCGUUAAAUCUGAUGACGUCACAAAGGGUAGAAAGGACCUGGAUCCGCACGGGCGGUUACGGGCGGUUCAGGGGUGAAUGGGUUAAGGAAAAAACAAAUCUGGAUAGUAGAAGUUAUAAAUUUUAAGAUAUGAAUUAUGUUAAACUCCACAUUUAGGGCCACAGAGAAGUACAAUAAUGUUAAAACUAAACUGUCUGUUUCUCUCCAUUUUUUCAAGAUCAGGUAAUUUUAAAUCAUUGUACUGAAACAUUAUAGCCCAGACAAACCAACGGGUCGUAGGUUUUAGUCAAAUUCAUAGUUUUUGCUUUAUGGUAAGAUUUUUUGACAGGUGGUCAAGCUCUGAACAUUUUGCAAGCAACAGGAAAAAACACUCAGAAUUAUGGGCACAAAGGGCAAAAACAAGCACGGUGACCCCAACCUUUUAUCGCAGUUUUUGAAUGUCCUAUAAAUGGCUGACAAUUGUGCCAAGUUUGAAAAAAAACUGGAUAGUACAUCCUUUUCAAGGGAAUUACCUUAAUUCCAAAUCUAAAUUGUUCCUAUUGUUUAUAGCAUGGUAACAGUAUUUAUUUAUAUAAAUUAUUUAUAUUUUAGACAAGAAGACAGGUGCAAAGAGACCACGAGAGGCUACAGAAAACAGCCCAGUAGCCAUCAAGAUAAAAUCAAAAACAAAGGACAAGUCUUGUGCAAGUUCUUCAAGGCCAUCCACUAUGUCAAGGUAAAAAAUAAUGUUGUAAGUUAAGCCCAUUAAAAUCAAAUGGGAAGAAUUUUACAGUGGAUGUUGCUUGUUCAACCAUACUAAUCCCAUUUAAUCAUGUCUCAGAUCAACAGAGUAUGCUGCAGGAUUUUACAACUACGGUGUUCCUAGUUAUAAACCCAAACAAUCACCAAUCAAAAGAGUCCAUUCAAGAUCAGAUUUGGGUCCGUCAAGAAUACAAGUGUGUGUUCGUAAGCGACCCCUAAGCAAAGCUGAGUUGAUGGGCAAUGAGGAAGAUGUAGUCAUGGUGACUGAUAAGAAUACAGUUGUGCUUACAGCACCAAAACUUGCAGUGGACCUAACAAAGUAUACUCAAAAGGUACAAUGCCCUUUAGAUAAUAAUGGAAUGAUUAAAAUCAUUACCAAAUUAUAAGCAUGGGAACUGUUGCCUUAAGAAGGUAGCUACAAAAGGCCUGAGGCACCCUAAACACAGCUAUAUCCAUGGUAAUUACCCUAAUUACCUGACUUGAUACUCCAUACAGCAGUAGACAGCCUCUUGGAAGGGGAGGGUGAGGAUUGAGAAUCCACAAAGAUUUGCUAAUAGGAGUGAUGCAGUGUUCUUGAACAAAUUUGUAUAGGUAAUAGCAUGAUUUGUAGUGAUAUUUGGCAUAAAUACCACAAGUGAUAUUUCAAAAUUGUUAUACAUAAUUUCACGAGCCGUUAGGCGAGUGAAAUUUGACACAAUUUUGAAAUAUCACGAGUGGUAUUUAUUCCAAAUAUCACGUUCAAAUCAUACUAUUAUUUGUUUAUACUACUACCCGCAAAGGUUUUGUAAUUUUCACAUGUAGGUAUUUCAAAUUAAGCUGAAAUACCACUGCUCUAAGCCAAUCAAAUUGCAGAAAUUUCUCAUGUAGUAGUAUAAAGACUGAAAUAGGGCCAUUCAAAUACCUGCGUCAUGAACUGUAUAGUAUUGUGUGGAACCUACACCUUUGUUUAGUGUUGUAGGUCUUCUGUGUACAAGACAUCCGUCUAAACCAUUAUAUAUUGAAAUAUCUAGAUUAUAAUGGCUUGUGCUCUUGGUUGCAAUAUUGAAAAUGGAAUGUUGCUGGCAGACUUGUUGCUUGUUUUGAUACUCCUAGUUACUUAUAGUCACUUCUAGUUGAUCAAUCUUCCACAUUUUAAUGCCUGUUGUUUUUUGUUUUCUAGUAUCAGUUUGUAUUUGAUGAGGCUUUUGAUGAACAUUGCAGCAACAAAGAUGUUUUUCAAAGAACUGCUCAGCCACUCAUCAAGACAGUUUUUAACAGGUUUUUUAUUUGACAUUAUUACAAGUACAUCAUACAAUAAGAAAACAGUGUCACUUCCCAAACUUGUAGAAGGCCCCUAACAAAAGAGUUACUCAUGACUGUAUUGACUCAUGGCUAAUCGUUUAAGUCCCCAAAGUGACCAAAAUCAAUUUUCUCUUGUUAAUUUCAAUUCAUUUAAACCAAGAGAAAAGGUUUUGAGAACUAACAAAAUAAUCACCGAAGAGAAAAUGUUUUCAUUGAAAUUCACUCUACUAGUUCUUUGUGGAAAUGUAUGGAGAUAACUCUACAAAAUUUCUAGGUGGAUUUAGGAGCCUAAAGGAUUAAUAUCUUACCAGCCCAUUCCAUUAUUUGACCUCUUUUUUUCCUCCUGCACUUACCUGAUCUUUGAAUUUCCUCUUCUACACAAACCUUGUUUACAUUUUCCACCUUUGUUAUCCUACAUGUAUCUCCGAGAUUACCUGCUCUUCUCCUCCUUUCUAAUAACUAAAAGUACCGAAUGUUCUUCUUCCAGACUUCACCAACCUUGCUCCACCUGUUGCUUGCUUCACCUGUUUCUUUAUCCCACUUACAUUCAAUGUUUAAAUAUGCUUUCCAAAGUCCAAAUGUGCUUCCUUCUUCUCAGCCACAGGGUUCACACAGUCUCGAAAAGUCCUUGAAGUUUGGGGGAAGUCCUUGAAAAGUCCGUGAAUUCCAUUUUUCCUUGAAAAGUCCUUAAAUUUCUAUACAAAUCCUUGAGAAGUCCUUGAAUUUUCUUUAACUUCGAAUCUCGUGGCCUGAAAAGUGUUUUUUUGCUGCUUUUUGGUUGUCCAAGACAGAAUAUGAAUCAUAGGUCAGAGAAUUUAAAGGUUAUUUACACAAAGUGCUCAAUGUUUUGUGCAAUAAUAAGCUGUCAAUUUAAGACAAGUGAACUGAGAAAUGUAGAGAAGUUGGUGAAGCAAACAGUUCAAGCCUUAAAGCCUUAUUAGAAUAGACUGGGGAUGUACAUUUUUGUGUAAUCUGUGAAAUAAUAUAUUCCCAGUAGGUGGUCCUUGAAAAUCUAAUGUGGUCCUUGAAAAGUCGUUGAAAAAUGGUUGCAAUUUUUUGUUUGAACCCUGACUGCCAUCUACCUACCUGACACCGCUUCCUUCUACAUCUCUUCCUACCUACUCCUAACAACUCCCUUUGGCUUUCAAUCACUCUUUCUUCUUUCCUUCCUCCUCCCUUUGGUUAGUUACUACAUGAUUCCUUUAAGCUUUACCUUGUGUGAUAGUUAACUUCUGGUGGUGAUGCUGAGGUUACAAUAAUCAUGUCACCAAACUUUNCAAAUCCUUGAGAAGUCCUUGAAUUUUCUUUAACUUCGAAUCUAGUGGCCUGAAAAGUGUUUUUUUGCUGCUUUUUGGUUGUCCAAGACAGAAUAUGAAUCAUAGGUCAGAGAAUUUAAAGGUUAUUUACACAAAGUGCUCAAUGUUUUGUGCAAUAAUAAGCUGUCAAUUUAAGACAAGUGAACUGAAAAAUGUAGAGAAGUUGGUGAAGCAAACAGUUCAAGCCUUAAAGCCUUAUUAGAAUAGACUUGGGAUGUACAUUUUUGUGUAAUCUGUGAAAUAAUAUAUUCCCAGUAGGUGGUCCUUGAAAAUCUAAUGUGGUCCUUGAAAAGUUGUUGAAAAAUGGUUGCAAUUUUUUGUUUGAACCCUGACUGCCAUCUACCUACCUGACACUGCUUCCUUCUACAUCUCUUCCUACCUACUCCUAACAACUCCCUUUGGCUUUCAAUCACUCUUUCUUCUUUCCUUCCUCCUGCCUUUGGUUAGUUACUACAUGAUUCCUUUAAGCUUUACCUUGUGUGAUAGUUAACUUCUGGUGGUGAUGCUGAGGUUACAAUAAUCAUGUCACCAAACUUUCUCAUUGUUUUUCCCAGUUUGUAACCUGCCCAAGAUCAGGCAUCAUUAAAAAUGUGAACAUUUUUCUCUAUAAGUUUCUUUUUUCUUUUUUGCUCUUUCUCUCCCUCCUAAAUACAUCUUUUGUUACAACUUGUGUACCUGUAUUUUUUGUCCCUUAGUCAAAAGAUUUUGAAUAUCUAAUUUCAGGGGUAAGGCUACUUGUUUUGCUUAUGGCUGCACUGGAAGUGGAAAAACCUUCACCAUGCUGGGAAAUGAGGAAGUUCAGGGAAUCUACAUCCUGGCAGCCAGUGAAAUAUUCACAAAAUUGCAUAAUGAAACUCAUGGCAAAGGAUUGGGAUUAUGGAUCAGUUUCUAUGAAAUUUAUUGUGGACAGCUGUUUGACCUGUUAAAUGGGAGAGCAAAGUAUGUAUGUGUUGGAAACCCAGAAAAAUAUAAGUUAGUUUACAUAGGUGACCUUAAGAAAAUGAUCACUGUACAAUUUGUGUCUACUACAGUACACGUGCAUGCUUGGUUACAUGGGAAGAUUUCAGUAUUCAAGAUCAACAAAAACCGGAUCAGAUCAAACCUUGUAACCCCAUGACAGCAGCAACCUUUGUCAUUUUUAGUUACUUACAGGGAUUGAUCUGAUCCAGGUUUUGUUGAUGCGUAUGAUUUUCUUAAGCUGGUUCACACAGUAACAGCAACAAAAAUGCGAAAGCAAAAUGUAAGCACCUUGCUUGCUGAGAUACAUGCACUGGCCUUUAAGCCAGUUUUUUGUGAACAAAGAAAAUACAUUUUUGCAUGUUCAAACUGCCUCAAUGUAAACGCAAACACUAGUGGCUGUUCAAAAAUGUCAAAUGUUCCCUUUUCAGUAUGCUUGCAUUUGUAUUUAUUUUAGCAAAGCAAAACACAGCCUUUGAUAGCAGUUGUAUUACAUAUUUUCUAUAUGUUUUGCAGGUUAUUUGCAAGAGAAGAUGCCAAUCACCAAGUGUGCAUAGCUGGAUUGACUGAGCGGCAUGUUCACAAUGUAGAAGAAUUGAUGGAGGUAUAAUAAUGAUAACAAUAAUACAAACUCCAUAACUGGAUGCGUUUGAGCUUUUACUGAGUAUAUACUAACUUGAAAAGUGAUCUCCAAGAUCAUAACAAAUUUUAACACCUGUUUUAACAACUGAUGAAGUUGUUUCUGUGCAGGUUAUAGAAUAUGGUGGGGGAGUACGAAGUACUGGAGCUACUGGUGUUAAUUCUGACUCUUCAAGAUCACAUGCCAUCUUACAACUGGAUGUAAAAGUUAUACACAAUGAAGAACAUGUUGGAAGGUAUAUUUUAUCAUUUUUCUUUUUCUUCUUCUUCUUCUUCUUCUUCUUAUAAUUAUCAUUAUUAUUAUUGGAGUCGUGCUCUUUCCUCUUAUGGGACCGUGUUCAUUCCAUGAAAAGUCUCAUGGAUUAUAACUUGAUGGAUAGUGACCUUCUGAGUAUGUGAGCAGUCACAAGGUGUACAAUCUUCUGAUGAUCUGUUAUUCUGAUGUUUUCUGGGAUCUUUCUGAUGUAGUUUUCAGUCCCUUUCUUGACAAGCCCAAGAGCACCAAAUACCACUGGGACAGUUGUUGUUUUAGUUUCCAUGGUUUCUCAAUUUCUAUUUUGAGAUCCUUGUAUUUCGGAAGUUUUUCUACUGUUUUUAAAGAGGUGUUUUUUUCAUUAGGGAUAAACAUAUCAAUGAGCAGGCAGGUCCUCUCCUCCUUGUCUUUUAUUACCCUGUCUGGCCUGUUUGCCAUGAUCUCUUUGUCUGUCUGGACUGGCAUGUCCCAGAGUAUAGUCACUUUAUUGGUAAAUUGUCUUUUCUCUGUUCCAAAGAAUUUUUAGUCCCACAUACAUUGCUGAAAGUUUAUUGCCCUCUAUACAUGUUAUUCUCACAGGUUUUCAUUCAUUGACUUGGCUGGAUGUGAGCGUGCAGCUGAUGUCACAGAUACUGACAAGCAAACACGGGUGGAAGGAGCUGAAAUUAACCAGAGUUUGUUAGCUGUAUGUCAAUAAGAACACAUUCAAUAUUUUAAUUUAUUUUUGAAAAAAAUAUUCUCUUCUAUGCAUUUGUUAAUAUACAAAAUAAUUUCCUUGAUAUCUCGUUCUUUUUUUCAAGUUAAAGGAAUGCAUCAGAGCACUGGAUCUGGAUUCAAAACAUACGCCAUUUCGUCAAAGUAAACUCACUCAGGUAGCUAUUAAAUAAUUUAAUUCAUUUUUAACCUCACUAACAAUAGUUAAUAUUAAUUAGCUGAAUAUUUUUCUACUAAUUGGGCAUAGUGGUUUUUUUAUGUCAAUGAAUGAAAUAGUUUUCUUACAAAUAUAAAAUUUCAUUUUCGCAUGCUAUAAUUAAUUUUUCUUUAAUUUUCAUCUCAUUUUUUACACAGGUUCUGAAAGAUUCCUUUAUAGGAAACUGUCAGACUUGUAUGAUAGCCACCAUAUCACCCAAUAAAUCUUGCAGUGAGAACACCCUUAACACACUCAGAUACGCUGACAGGUAAGCUGAUAUAAGUAGAUACAGGAUACUGGUAAGUUUUGUGUCCCCCACAAAAACAAGUGCCACAAAUAUUUCCCUGAGUGAUUAGUUUUUUGUGAUCCUUUAAUAAAGCUAGUCUGUGUGCAAAAACAUCCUACUCUAAAAAGUAAUAAGAGGGCCAGCAGGGGAAGUUUGCAUGGAGGCCUUCACUGUUUCUAGUGAAUGUACGGACAGGGCUAGACCUGUUCAGACCACCUCCUCAGAACAGCCACCUCUUUAAAACCACCUAAUAGUAUGCAUUUUCCCACUUAUUUGUUCAUUCUUUUGUUUCCUCAUCUUAUCAUGUCAUUGAUAACCUCCACCACUGCCCAUCUCCUCAGUAUAAAUCAGGUAUAUUUUCCAGUUGCAAGUUUCUUUCACUGGAAUUCUUAACAUAGAAACCUCUGAAAUGAUGAUGCCAGUUCUCUUAUCAUAUUGGCCAAAAUUGUCAGUCAAAAAAAUUGAGGUUUGGUUUUGUGUGUGUUGACUAAUUCACCUCAUUGACACAUACUGUAGAGUGAAAGAGUUGAAAAAAGGCAUACCAGUCACCUUGCCAUCAGCUCCUCGACCACUGACUGUACCUGCAACUAUGCCUGAAAAAGACCAGCUGUUCUGUGAAGACAAGAACAAAGCUUUACCAGGAGUGGCCAGAAUUCAGGUAUUCAAAAACAUCCCUUGAUGCAUUUUAUUGAAUAGUAGUGAAAGUUCCAAAAUUGUUAAUUGUUUCUACUUUUUUCACACUAAUUCUGUCAAACAACAAUUUCUAUUUUUUGUUCAUGGUUCUUUGUAAUUUGCAUAAUCAGCUGGGUAUUUUUUUUUCAUUUAUUCUAUUUUAACCAUUCCCUGGCUUCAACUCCCAUGAAGGCAAGAGCUAGUACAAAAUAUUAUGUUUGAGUAAAGUGUAGUUUAUUCAUUUUGUUAUUUUCAAAGUGUUAUCCCAAGAGAUCAUUAUAAAAUAGCGAAAAUCUCAAACAUCAUCAAAAUAUUCAAAAGAUCAUUUUGUAAUGGAGCACAUUAAUGAUAUUUGUUUCUGUGUUGGUCAUUUUUUAGGUUAAUACUAUUUUGGAACAUCCCCAAGGCCCUCUAAGGAAGCUCAGGACUGGUAACAAUGGAACUAAUAAAACAUUAAGACUUAACACUUCAUCUUCCAACACAGUAUUGUCACCUAGAGGUCAAGACUCUACAGCAGUAAACAAUAUACCAGUUGGUUCACCUGGAAACAUUCUUGGUAGUAAUACUAAAAAGGGAUUGAAAGUGCUGUUACAUACAUCUAGACCUCAGACUUCACCAGAUGUAACAACUGCAAAAACUCAAAAUUUGGCAAGCAGGAUGCAGAGCAAAACAAGGGCUUCAAAACAAAAGACCAGUGAUAAUUGUACAAAAUCUAAUGGAUUGACUGAAACUUUGAAAGAAAAAUGUGAAGAAAUGCCACAACAGGUUCAGGCAACUUGUGAAGAGAGUGAUAAGAGUUCAGACAUUUUAUUUGUAUCAGCAUCUAGAUUAGGCAGUUAUAAUCAUUUGCCAGAAGUGGUUCAGCAAGGCAACUCUACGGAAGAACUUUUUAAAGAGCAUCAAAAUUCUCAAAAGCUGUCCUAUGCGGACAAGCAAUUAAAUGAAUCUUCACCACCAUCCAGAAACAAUCGUUAUGGUAGUGGUAUCAAAACUAGACUUUCAAAGCUGUUUAGUAAAGGGAACACUUGUAUGGAAGAGCCCAAAGUUGUUGAACCUCAAACAACUAGGAAUGAAGUCAGAGCUCCUCGUUUGAUUCCAAUGCCCAGUGGAAUUCACAAGCCCACCAGGUUCUGAUUUUGUACUGUACAGUAACAGACUUACCUCUUGUGCUUUAAAUUGUUAGACAGAUGGGAAUGACUUGUGUCAAGGCAAUAGAUAUUACCAUUCAAUGCAAAUUUUUCUUCGUUUUAAUUGGCCUAGAGCCCACCUACUGUGUUUGGGCACAAGUAAUAUUCUGUUCAUGUGUAAAUGAAGUGUAAAUGAAACCACGCUUUUCUCCUUCUUGUGAUCGCUCUUGCAUGAAAAUGGUGGAUCGCUUCGCUGACCAAAAAACAAACUUGGUGAUCGAAUAAUAAAACAAUUAUUGACCUCAGUUAUCACAAAAUAUCGUGAUUUGUCAGUGUCUCGCAGAUCAAUCAUUUGCCUCAGCCUUCGGCUUCUGCAAAUAAUAAUAUUAUUGAUCUGCUCGCCAGUGACAAAUCACGAUAUAUUGCUCAACCUGCUAAGUUUGCCCAUUACAAAUCCUGGAGAAUUUUCAUUAGAAUACAAUGUGUUGUCCUAAUUUUGAAAUAAAGGGUGCAGGUAAUCAUGAACUGUUUGAUCAAGUUUGGAAAUAGGCUCUUGCCUAUCUAGAGCACUGUUUGAUAUAAAAUAAUAAGCAAGAAAGGCAUUGAAAUUGAAGUGACUAUGGUAUAUGGUUACAGUCAAAGCCCGUUAAUACAGACACUAAGGGGGCCAUAGAAAGUGUCCAUAUUAACAGGGUGUCCGUAUUAAGAGGGUUGAAUUUAAAGAAAAUAUAAUGGCUUUUUUUCCCCAAAGGCAAACCAAACUGUCUGUUAUAAUGAGGUGUCUCUAUUAAGUGGGUGUCUGUAAAGCAGGAUUUGACUGUAUUUAAUUAUUAUCAUCUCCUCUUAUUUAUUCUUGAGCAGUUUUUGCAAAUGUAUCAGUAGCUUGCAUGGUAGAGGUUAUAAAAUGCGGGUGGAGGUAAUCAAUUUUUUUUUUCGCUAAUGUUUAUCAUACCUGCCUUAAACUGCACAGCAAGUUGGUUUUAGAAAACAUUUCCAGUUAAGAAGAUCUGUUGUUCAUUUGGAAUUUGCAUAACCUGGUUGAAGCUGGUUUUGCACCCAAAGUACACAGCCGCAUUUGUUUAUUAUGUAAUUGAAAAUAACGUAGUUAGGUCCUCUACAGCCUGAUAGUUAUUAUUGUAACACAACUAAAGGUUUUUUCAGAGUGACCGGUCAACUGAUACCGUAUCUAAUUUUUUUUAUGCAGGGAACUGGUUCAUAUGUCUUUGGAUUUUGGUGAACAAGACAGAUCCCAUCUGAGUCUUUCUCAAGAGCAGUUAGUGGCAUCACACCACACACAGCUUGCUAUGGUAACAGGGCUUUGUCAGGAGGAAAUGGUGCUUUUAAAACAAAUUAACAGUGGACAGGAGGUAGAUGAAUUAUUUUUAGGUUAAAAUCCUGUCUACAAAUUAUUGUCAUUUGUUUUUAAUAUUUGCAAUGAUCUGAAGUUCUAGGAGGAGUUAGAAAAUCUCUUAUCAUAUUGCACUUUUGUUGUUACGAAAAAACAAACUUACUUAGUUUUCAUGUUGAUGUUCUUUCCAGUUUAAAAAAUACCUUGUAGCUUAUUAAUUUUUACAACUUGCCCACUAGAGCACCCAUGAUUCAGUGGUUUAAUUCAGGCUUCCUGCAUUAUACAAUCAAACCCGCUUUACAGACACCUGCUUAAUAUGGACAACUCAUUGUUAUGGACAGUUUGCUUUGUCCCUUGGGAAACCCCUUACAAUUUCUCUAAAUUCAACCUGCUUGUAAUUGUAUUGUCAUUUGUUUACCCACAGAGCACCAAGGAGCUCAUAAGAACUUGUUUAAAUGUGUCUGUGUGUCUUUCUAUGGCAUCCUCAUUGUCUGUAUGUUAUUAACAGAUGUUCCUCUAGGUUUUUUUGGUUGGGUGGCCACUUAUUUAAGCAAAUAUAAUGUGCACUAAUUUUGUUUAUAAUUAUUUAACAUUACACAGGAUUUUAGAGACUACAUCAGGCAGUUGAAUGACAUCCUUACAAGGAAGGCAGCUUGUAUUGCAUCUUUACAAGAAAGGCUUUCUAAAUUUCCUUCACAAUGA